AUGAAUGAGGAACUAUUCAAAUUUCAGGUUGCUCCGGUAGUUCUAUUGUUGGUUCCACUAUUUCUGGCCGCGGGCAUAGCUUCCUUCGCCAACAACGUCGCGAGCAUAGCUUCCUUCACCAACGACAUCGCGAGCAUAACUGCCCUCGCCAACAACAUCGCGAGCAUAGCUUCCUUCACCAACGACAUCGCGAGCAUAGCUUCCUUCACCAACGACAUCGCGAGCAUAGCUUCCUUCACCAACGACAUCGCGAGCAUAGCUGCCCUCGCCAACGACAUCGCGAGCAUAACUGCCCUCACCCACAACGUCACGAGCAUAACUGCCCUCGCCAACGACAUCGCGAGCAUAACUGCCCUCACCAACAACAUCGCGAGCAUAGCUUCCUUCACCAACGACAUCGCGAGCAUAGCUUCCUUCGCCAACGACAUCGCGGGCAUAGCUUCCUUCGCCAACGACAUCGCGAGCAUAAUUCCCCUCGCCAACGACAUCGCGAGCAUAACUGCCCUCACCCACAACGUCACGAGCAUAACUACCCUCACCCACAACGUCACGAGCAUAACUGCCCUCACCCACAACGUCACGAGCAUAACUGCCCUCGCCAACGACAUCGCGAGCAUAGCUUCCUUCGCCAACAACUUCGCGUGCGUAGCUGCCCUCCCCAACAACGUCUCGACGGACUUUCGUUUCAAGUUAGUAAAACGUAGAAGCAAAGGCAGACUAGAGUAG